AUGCCCACAUCCGUCGCCACCCACGCAUCCCUCCUCCUCAAAGCCGCAGCCGCUAAGCCCUUCAUCUCCCCCCGCGCGGCGGCCCGGAUCCCCGCCCCCGCCCCUUCUCCCCACCCUCCCCCUCCGCCCGCCGGCCGCUGCCUGCCGACCACGGCGGCCGCUCUCGCUGCCGCAGCCCGCCGUUUCCGGUGUCCGUCGGCGGCGCGGGGGCUGUGCGCCGCGCCGCAUUCCGGCGGCGAGGGGAUGGGAUCUGAUGCGGGGGUCGGGGCCAGGAAGAGGCGGGUGCCGGCGGUGAACGGGCUCGCCAAGGACGUGCCGGUGGUGAACGGGAUGACCAAGGAGGAGCCCGCCACCGCGCCGCCCAGGCUGCUCACGCUGCCCACCGUGCUCACCAUUGGCCGCGUCGCUGCCGUGCCGCUCCUGAUCAGCACUUUCUACAUGGAGGGUCCAUGGGCAGCUACAGCCACAACAGGCACCUUCCUUGCUGCUGCAGUCACUGAUUGGCUAGAUGGUUAUAUUGCUAGAAAGAUGCAGCUAGGAACACCUUUUGGUGCAUUUCUUGAUCCUGUGGCUGACAAGCUUAUGGUAGCCGCAACAUUAGUUUUAUUAUGCACCAAACCUUUGGAAACAUCACUGCUCAAUGAUGGGCCAUGGCUUCUAACAGUCCCUUCCAUUGCUAUCAUUGGGAGAGAGAUUACAAUGUCAGCCGUGAGAGAGUGGGCUGCAUCUCAGAAUAGCAAAGUUCUUGAGGCUGUUGCAGUUAACAACUUAGGGAAGUGGAAGACAGCAACACAGAUGACAGCAUUGACUCUGCUUCUCGCCAGCAGAGAUCCAAGUCUACCUGCGCAAGGUGCUCUAGUUGCCCCCGGUGUUGCUCUACUUUACGUUUCCGCUGGACUCGCCAUAUGGUCCCUAGUGGGUGUUCGACGCCAUCCCGCGGCCCAGCGUCUUCGCCUGGAACGCCAUCCUCAUUGCACUCUCGCUCCACUCUCCCGAUCCCUCCGCCUCUUCGCCGCCUCCGGCAUCUCUCCCGACGAGAUCACGCUCUCUGGGCUCCUCAAGUCGCUGGCCGAGUCCGGACCGAGGCUGCCUGCACUCGUCGCCGCGGAGUUUCACGCCGUCGCGGUCCAGCGCGGCUUCCGGGACGACUUGUUCGUGUCCAAUGGUCUCAUCACCGCGUACGCGAACGCCGGAGAUUCGCGCUCUGCUCGGGCGGUGUUUGACGAAAUGCCACGGCGAGACGUGGUGUCCUGGAACUCGUUGAUAUCGGCGUACGCUCGUGCAGGGUGGUACCGGGAGUGCCUGGAGCUGUUUCAGGAGUUAGCGCGUGUUCAUGCUGGUGGCGGUGUUGGACCAAACAGUGUCACUGUGGCAAGCGUAUUGCAUGCUUGUGCGCAGCUGAAGGCUGUCGAUUAUGGGGUAAGAGUGCACCGUCUUGCUGCCGAGAAUGGGCUCUAUAUGGACGUCGCAGUGUGGAACUCAACAGUUGGGUUUUAUGCCAAAUGUGGAAGGUUGCAGUAUGCAAGAGAGUUGUUUGAAGGGAUGCCUAAGAAAGAUGCAGUCAGUUACAGUGCCAUGAUUACUGGUUACAUGAACCAUGGGCAUGUCGACAAGGGAAUGGAGCUAUUCCAGCGAGCAGAUGCUCAAGGUAUCAGCAUUUGGAAUGCAGUGAUUGUUGGAUUGGUUCAAAAUGGUCGCCAGUCUGAAGUGCUUGGACUACUGAAUGAGAUGAUUGGUUCUGGAAUUCUACCCAAUUCAGCCACGCUUUCUAUUAUCAUUCCUUCAGUUGAUUUGUCCGCCACCCUACUGGGAGUGAAGCAAGCACAUGGCUAUGCGAUCAGAAACAACCAUGAUCAGAGUAUCAGCGUCGUGAUUGCAUUGAUGGAUGCUUACUCAAAGGCUGGAUUUCUUGAUGGGUCUCGAAAGGUCUUUAAAUUGACUGGUGAUAGAAGCAAAAUUGUAUGGACAUCAAUCAUAUCCGCUGUUGCGGCUCAUGGAGAAGCUGCAGAGGCACUGUGCCUGUUCAAUGAGAUGAUCAAUGCUGGCAUCAGACCGGAUACCAUAGUCUUCACUGCUGUGCUUACAGCUUGUGCUUGUACUGGCAAGGUAGCUGAUGCUCGUAAAGUUUUUUACUCCAUGCAGGUUGUGUUUGGUAUCAAUCCGGUGAUGGAGCAAUAUGCUUGCAUGGUUUCUGGAUUCAUCCGUGCAGGGAUGCUAAAGGAUGCACUUGAGCUUGUCAGCAGCAUGCCAUUUGAACCAAAUGCAAAGGUCUGGGGUCCAUUGCUUAAUGGAGCAGCAGAAUUCGGUGAUGUUGAGCUUGGUAGAUUUGUAUUCGAUCAACUAUUUAUGAUUGAGCCUAAGAACACCGGUAAUUACAUUGUGAUGGCUAAUUUGUACUCAAAUGCUGGCAAAUGGGAAGAAGCUGAGAUCAUAAGGAGCAUGAUGUGGGGAGUUGGGCUCGAGAAGGUUCCUGGGUGUAGUUGGAAUUGA